CCCCCUUCCCUACUCCUCGGCCUCCUCGGCCUCCUCCUCGUCCUCCAAAGCCCGUCGCCGGUCGAUCGCCAGCGCCAUCGCCGAGUGGUCUUCACCUGCGCGGGAACGACACUGUCGCGAAACUGUCGCAGCGCGCGUGGGCUCUCAUGUGGCCGCGUCGGCGGCGUUGAGGCGGUGCGGCGUCGCGACGACGCCGCGUGUGUGGAGGCAGUGUGUGCGUGGCGGCUCCCUCGGGCAGGCACGCGCGCUCGGCGGCCGCGGGAGGCGACAAUGCAGCCGUGCUGGCUGAAUCGAUCGGUGAGAGACCACACCGCCACGCCGUCGUGCUGA